AGAUGGUGUGUAGAUCUGCGGAGCUACAGCGCAGCAGCCCGGACUGCCAUAAACCCCCCGAAAAGAAGAAGAGCAUCCGAGCUGGGAGCUGGCUGGAGUCCCCCCGCCUGCACAACCGUCACACAAGAGGAUGAGUUUCUUAUUUGGAAAUCGCUCGUCUAAGACGUUCAAGCCGAAGAAGAACAUUCCGGAAGGUUCUCAUCAGUAUGAGCUGCUGAAACAUGCUGAGGCCACGCUGGGCAGCGGGAACCUGCGGAUGGCCGUGAUGCUCCCGGACGGAGAGGACCUCAACGAAUGGGUGGCUGUCAACACGGUGGACUUCUUUAAUCAGAUCAACAUGCUGUAUGGGACCAUCACAGACUUCUGCUCUGAGGACAGCUGUCCGGUUAUGUCAGCGGGACCCAAAUAUGAAUAUCACUGGGCAGACGGGACCAACAUCAAGAAGCCAAUCAAAUGCUCUGCUCCAAAAUACAUAGACUACCUGAUGACCUGGGUGCAGGACCAGCUGGAUGACGAAACUCUCUUCCCAUCCAAAAUAGGAGUCCCAUUCCCUAAAAACUUCAUGUCUGUGGCAAAAACCAUCCUGAAGCGUCUGUUCAGGGUCUAUGCUCAUAUUUACCACCAGCACUUUGACUCGGUCAUGCAGCUACAGGAAGAGGCCCACCUCAACACCUCCUUCAAACACUUCAUCUUCUUCGUACAGGAGUUUAACCUGAUUGACAGGAAGGAACUGGCACCCCUUCAAGAGCUAAUCGAGAAACUGACAACGAAGGACAGAUAGAGAGAGACAAAAAGAAGAAAGCGUGAUCCUUCUGUCAUCUUACUGCUCUCUAUAAUAUGCUCUCUCUCUCUGUCUCUCUCUCUCUCUCUCUCUCUCUGUCUCUUUCUCUCGCUCUCUCUGUUUCUCUUACGCUUUGUACAGACGCCAUUCCCUGAUUUGUACUCUAUAGCACACGCUAAGCUAAUGUUAGCUGGGCAACAGGAAACGCUACAAGAAACAAGUUAGCAUGAUGCUAAUGGCUAUAAAGGGAGUGUGAACUGGUCACUCUUAACUAGGCGAUGUAUUUUGUUGAUUUGUUGCUUUACAAGGAAGGAAAAGUGUUUAUUUUCUAACAUCGAGCCUUGAUUGUGUUUAGUUUCGCGCGGUUUGAGUGG